GAGCCAAACACUCGUUGCUUUCUUGCGCAUCUCUUUCCCACGACCACAUCUACAUCAGCGACAUCCUUCUAGCAUUACAUCUCUUCAACCCUCAUCUCAUCACAUCACACCAAAUCACAUCAUAUCCAUCACAAUGGCCGCCGUGUCACUGCUCAACGUUGCUGUGCGCAACAAUCCAGCCGCCUUCACCUCCCCCUACGAGUUCGAGAUCACCUUUGAAUGUCUCGAGAAGCUCGACAAGGAUCUUGAGUGGAAGCUGACUUAUGUCGGUUCUGCUACUUCCUCCGAGUAUGACCAGGAGCUCGAUUCACUUCUUGUCGGCCCCAUCCCUGUUGGUGUCAACAAGUUCGUCUUCGAGGCUGACCCUCCGGAUCUCAACCGCAUCCCCAACAGCGACAUUCUCGGAGUCACUGUCAUCCUCUUGACCUGCAGCUACGACGGCCGCGAGUUCGUUCGUGUCGGCUACUACGUUAACAACGAGUACACCGACGAGGCCCUCAUCGCCGAGCCUCCUGCCAAGGCCGUCGUCGAGAAGGUCCGUCGCAGUAUCCUCGCUGAAAAGCCCCGUGUCACCCGCUUCGCCAUCAAGUGGGACAGCGAAGCCAGCGCUCCCGCCGAGUUCCCUCCCGAGCAGCCUGAAGCCGACAACCAGGAGGAUGACGAGGCCGCAUACGGUGCCGAAGAGGUUGAGGAAGAUGAAGUCGACGUUGAGGGCGAACCUGAAGUCAAGGAGGGAGAGGACGCCGAGAUGGCCGAGGCCAACCCUGUCGAGGCACCCAAGGAGGAAGACGAAGUCUCAGAUGCUGGCAGCGAGGACAUCGAAGCCGAGAGCAGCGCCAGCGAAGACGAGGACGAAGAGGAGGAGGAAGGUGAGGGUGAAGCCGAGGGAGAGGCUGCCGACGAAAUGGACACCGACGCCAACGCAUCUGCUGCACCCACCGGCGCCGCUGACAAGCCUCAGCCUGCUCAGCAACAGGGCGAUGUCAUGGUCCACUAGAAGAUGCGCCGACUUCUCAUCAUCUAAAUGAUUCAUGCAAGGCGUUGUUGGGAUAGGGGUUUAAAAGCUUCAUGAUAAUGGUCUGGGGGCGUAGGCAUUUUGGGGUGUUUUCUGUUUACCCAACGAGAGGGUGUACCUUUCGACUUGAUACCACUUUAAGAAUACAUUGACACUGUUUACAUUGCGCUAUCUCUCUCUUUCUUAUCACGAGAACACUAAAGAUAACGUCAGAUGUAAUGUUUCUUGUAUCGGUGAGCUCUUGUCCAUGGUCUCUGUUACACGGCAGCCAUCGCGGUGAGUGAAGUCGCACACGACGGAAGUGCUCAGAACUCUGGCCAAAUGACGUACGGUACUCUCACCAGUGUAGAUAGAGAUUUCACCCAUCAGUCUUCCUAGUGACAGCUAGC